UUUUUUUCAUAAUUAAAGUGAAAAUACAUAAAUACGGCAGAGGGCGAUGUUAUGGUAGUCGCGCCGGUUCAUUGACUUACAGCGACGAAGGAGGAUUGAUCCAUAAUUGGGGAUGCGCUCACCUUGCAAACUGUUGCAAUCCUAUUUCAGUUUACAUGGGAGACACGGUGGAUUAUUCUUACUUGAGCAGCAUCCCAAAACCAGGCAGUGUCGUGGCUAAGAAUAAAGCAUACAAAAAUCUGCUAAUUGCAUCACUUCCUAAAAGUUUUGUACAGAGAAACCAUGGGCAUGUCAUUUCACUGAUCCGUGGCCGCUUUGGAAGUAGAGAUAUGAGUGGUAUCACAUUUUUUUUACUUAAAGUUGCUGCUUUAGAGAUCAUUAGGAGGUUCUCCAAGAGGAGAUGCCCAUGUGUAUGGCGAGGCCUUCAGGCUCUACAAAUCCUAUGUUAUCCACCAUUUAAAUGGAUUCAGAGGUGGGCACCCUUCAAGAGUUUGGUUGACGGCAUGCAGGUCCUAUCAAGACCAUUGCUAGCCCUUUCAAUUGCAACAUUAUUUCCUGAUCUAUCAAAAUGUAGUGAUGGCAAGUCAGAUUGUAGUACUGAUUCACAAGAUGCAGUUGCAUACUCAGAAUUAUCUCCUUUACAGGUUGAUUUGAAUACAAGCCAGUGUUUGACAGAUCCUAAAAUUUUAGAAUCUGAGAAAUGGUUGACUCAACUCUAUCAAGAGCUUGAAAAUCAAGGGCUUAGUUUACCAGAAAGGUUUUUAUGCAGAAUCAAUGAUGAUGAGCUUCGGAGAUUUUAUGCAGCUUCUAAUAAUGAUUUUUCAUGCUUCCUUACCUCAAUCAAGAAGACCAUACGAUGGCGAGAGACUUACAGAAUUCUUUCAGAAGAAGAACUGAAAAUGUCAUCCAAAAUGGUGUUCUGGCAUGGGUCUGAUGUGGGGCAGAGACCUUGCCUAAUCAUUAGGUUUGGGUUAGCCUGCAGUACAUUGACAUCUGAAGAUAGACCUCGAUUUGCUCAGGCAGUCAUAUCACAGGUAGAAUAUGGAGUCCUGCACUUGGUUGAUGCAGACAACCCGCAAAUUACGGUGUUGGUGGACUGUGAAGGGUUGUCUCCAGUGAGAAUUCCCAUGCAAAUAAUCAGAUCCUGUUCUUCCCUUCUGAAAGACCACUUUCCUAAUCGUCUUGGUUGCAUGUUUGUCAUACGAUUGCCAGCCAAUGUUCAUGUUAUUGCCCAGACUUUUAUUCAGGAUUUGAAGCCUGCUACGAGAAACAAGUUGAAAAUAGAAGGGGAGAUGCAUCAGAAAGUUCUUUCUGACUAUAUGCCAACACUGCCUUCAUAUCUUGGAGGCUGCUGCACUUGCAUGAAAUGCUCCAACAUUGGCCAGGGGGAUAUGCUGCAAACUUAUGCAACUGGGACCAGCAGGAGAGAUGGGUUGGAGGAUACCAGUGACAGUGACAAUGACAAUGAGGAUUCUCCAACAUUGCAUCCUUGCGAUGAAUUAGAAGGCAACUUAUAUGGUAAUUAUGACCAGUUGUUGAGAACUGCUAUAGUAGGUAUUCUUAUAUUUUGGGUUUUUAUAGCUCUUGGUGCUGUAGUAUUUGAUCCCAGUAAUCGCCACUAGCCCUGAUAAUGCAAGACACGUCAAAUUUAGUUUGUAUCCCUUGACGAGUAAAUCUUUCUUGUGGGCGGCAUAAUCCUCUUCCAACAGUAACACUGCAUACUUUUGUAGAUUCUUCAGAUAAAAAAUAUCUAGUUAUCUUUUCAAUUUUAUAACUCUUGUAACAAAUAAAAUAAAAUCAUGUCAAAUAUUCUACCUUA